AUGGGCUCGAUUGUAGACUCUCCGGAGUUCGACGCCAUCAUCGUCGGCAGUGGCUUUGGCGGACUGUACGUGCUUCAUGAAUUGCGAAAGAAGAACUUCAAGUGUUUGGUCAUCGAUGAGGCUGCAGAUAUCGGAGGUGUUUGGUACUGGAAUACCUACCCUGGCGCGAGAGUCGAUACAAAAGUACCCCUUUAUGAGUUCUCCAACGAAAAUAUCUGGCAUGACUGGGUGUGGACCGAAAAGUAUCCGGGUGUCGAGGAGAUCCGCCGGUACUUCCAACACGUUGAGUCCAAGCUGCACCUGAAACGUGACAUUCUGUUCAAUACUCGUGUGACUGCUGCCGAGUUCGAAGAGGGUGCCAGUCAGUGGACUGUCUCGUCGAAUGAUGGAGUGAAGCGCUCAGCCCGUCAUUUCAUCCUAGCAACCGGUUUCGCUGCGAAGCCCUUGAUUCCCGACUUCAAGAAUCUGGACGCUUUCGAAGGGCCCUGCUUCCACACAUCCAAGUGGCCCAGGACUGGACUGGACUGCACUGGUAAACGUGUCGGUGUUGUCGGUAAUGGGUCCAGUGGAUUGCAAGUGAUUCAGGAAAUCAGCCCUGUGGUUGACCAUCUCACGGUGUUCCAGCGGAGCCCGACCUACGCUCUUCCUAUGCGACAAAGGCCCCUCACCGUGGAGGAACAAGACAAGUCUGUAUAUGGAUCCAUGUUUGAACUGCGCAAACAUACCUUUGCAGGUAUCGACGCGGAGUUCAACAGCCAGCCUUGGCAAUCCGCAACACCCGCUGAACGCGAGGCUUUCUUUGAGGAAAUCUGGAAAGAGGGAGGGUUGUCAUUCUGGCUCGCAACAUACCGGGAGGUGAUCAUGAACAAAGAGCUCAACAGGGAAGCCUACAACUUUUGGCGUAGCAAAACUCUUCCUCGCAUCAAAGACCCGAAGAAAGCCGCCAUCUUGGCUCCUGAGCAGCCCCCGUACUAUUUCGGCACAAAGCGAGCCACUCUUGAGCAGCGUUACUACGAAACAUACAAUCAAGAUAAUGUCAACCUUGUCAAUGCGAAGGAAAACCCUAUUACCGAAGUGCGUGCCAACGGAGUGAUUACCCAGGACGGCCAAUUCCACGAACUUGACGCUCUUCUGCUCGCGACUGGCUUCGAUUCGGUCACCGGCGGAAUCCUGAACAUCCAAAUUCGUGGCCGCAAUGGUGAACUCCUGCAGGACAAGUGGAAGAAUGGCACUUGGACGCACCUUGGUUUGAUGACUUCCGCGUUUCCCAACAUGUUCUUCCUUUACGGGCCCCAGGGACCAACAUCCUUUUGCAACGGACCUACUUGCGCCGAAGUCCAGGGAGACUGGGUUGCCCAGACAUUGGCUCAUAUGCGCACAAAGGGCCACAAAGAGAUUGAGCCAACGGCUUCUGCUGAACAGACUUGGAGAGCUCUUGUCAAUCAAAUCGGCAAUGCCACAUUGCUCCCUGAGACUAAAUCAGAGUACAUGGGCACCAAUGUACCCGGCAAGCCGAAGGAGAUGCUUAACUAUCUGGGUGGAUUGAAUGAUUAUAUCAAGAGCAUUACCCAAACGCUCACGUCUGGAUAUCCUGGAUUCGAUUUGAAAUAG